GUCCAAGCAAUUGUUCAGGGUCAAGUUUAGUAUCUCUGCCCUAAAGUAUUAAUAGGAUUAAUAAUUCGCGUCAUAGUUUCUUAUUUCUACGUUCUAUUGGGUUACAUUCCCAUUGUAUUCACGUGCAGUGCUAGUUUUGUAUCCAACCACGCAGCAACCGUGAUUUUCGUCUUCUCAUAACACUUUCCAAAUACUAAUGAAGAAAUUUUGGUUUUUAGUUCGUCACUUUACUUCUAGUUCCUGUGAAAAAAAUGCUUAUUCAAGCUUCGUACGUACGAGGUUUCAUGAGGUCAAGUCUACAAAACCAGAACUUUCAAAUCUGGAAGUGUUCAAACAUCUGGCAAAGUUGUACAAGUCUCUUCCGGCUAAAGAUUUGGAGGAACUGAAAUCAGAGGCAAAGGACGAAGAGUCUGAAAUUAUCAAGGCCACUAGGUUUGCUUAUCGCUAUGGAAUGCCAAAAAGUCCUCCGAAUUCUGGUCUAAAGAUCUUUAUACAGGAAAAACUGAAAAACUGCAAGGGUAUACCAUUAUCUCAGAUGCGUAAUGACUUCAAGGAUACCGUAAAACAGUGGUCAUCAUUGCCAGAAUCUAAACAGCUGGAGUAUAAUAAAACAGCAAAAGAUUUGAAAGAGGAUUAUGAAGUUAAACUCAAAGAAUGGGCAAUGAAAAAUAAUCUACGCUACACGAAACGUGCCUCUUUAUUGGCUCACAGAUUUUACAAGUUGAAUUAUCCAAGUAUAAAAAAACUUUGAUUACCGUAUUACUAUGAUUAUACUAUUACUAUUGCUAUUAUAACUAAAAGCUGUAUACUGUUCGAUAAUAAUUAUUCUACCAUGUUCAAUUAUUUGUUUGUUUGUGUGUGUGUCUGUCUGUCUUUGUUGACGCCUUUCAUGUGCAUAUAGGUCACACUUCAUAUAACCCGCUAAAUUUCCUGAUGCGCUCCGGUCUUCUUCAAUGUACUAAUUAUUCUUUGACUUUUAGGGUCACUAUAUUGGCUACCAGAUUUCUCAUUUUCAUCACAUCGAAGUGAUGUCUAUCUAUCUCUCAGUCUAGUGACCGUAUUAUAACAGGAUUCG